AUGAAGCUUUCCUCGUUUGCGAAACACGCCCUCACCUUUGCCGGUCCGUCGCCCAUCCAGCACCUGGCACGGCUGUCCAAAGCGCUGGGCAACAACGUGCAGCUCUACGCCAAGCGCGAGGACUGCAACUCGGGUCUGGCCUUUGGCGGCAACAAGACGCGCAAGCUCGAGUACAUCAUUCCUGAAGCCAUUGCGGGCGGCUACGACACGCUCGUGUCCAUUGGCGGCAUUCAGUCCAACCAAACGCGUCAGGUGGCGGCCGUGGCCGCGCAUCUUGGCUUCAAGUGUGUCUUGGUGCAAGAGAACUGGGUCAACUACCCGAUCGACGAGGCGCCAGUGUACGACACUGUUGGCAACAUUGAGCUGUCGCGUAUUCUUGGCGCAGACGUGCGUCGAGAUGCCGCCGGCUUUGACAUUGGCAUUCGUCCGAGCUGGGAAGCCGCGAUGGAGAGCGUCAAGAAGGCCGGCGGCAAGCCGUACCCGAUUCCAGCUGGCUGCUCGGAGCAUCCGAGAGGUGGCUUGGGCUUUGUCGAAUUCGCCGAGGAAGUCCGGCAGCAGGAGAACGAGCUGGGCUUCAAGUUUGACUACAUCGUCGUGUGCGCCGUGACAGGCAGCACGAUGGCGGGCAUGGUCGUUGGCUUUGCCGCUGACGGACGGGCGAACAAAGUCAUUGGCAUUGACGCGUCCGCCACACCCGAGAAAACGCGCGAGCAGGUGCUGCGUAUCGCCAGGAAUACUGCGGACCUGGUCGAGCUGGGGCGCGCGAUCACGUCGGACGACAUUGUGCUGGACACUCGAUUCGGUGGACCCGAGUACGGUCUGCCCAACCAAGGAACGCUCGACGCGAUUCGACUAUGCGCGCGCACGGAAGGUAUGCUCACUGAUCCAGUGUACGAGGGCAAGUCCAUGGACGGCAUGCUAUCCAUGGUGCGCAACGGCGAGUUCCCGGAGGGCUCGAAUGUAUUGUACGCCCACCUGGGUGGAGCACCGGUAUUGAGCGCCUACAGUUACUUGUUCAAGGAAGGCUAA